GUUCCGCUUGAGUAGUUUGGCUUCCUGUCUGCUAACGUGGUCGAUAUAAGCUGAAGUAGAACUGUGCAUCGAUCCAUUUUCUGUAUGAUUGAAUCAUUUGCCGAGCAUGGAAAUGGGCGAAGAGACUUUUGAAGAUAUUUUGGAGAGGAAUCGAGUGGAGAUUGUGCAGUACUUACAGCUAGAUCGAACCUUUUUGUUUGACUACCUUCGCAGUAAGGCGGUAUUCGACUUAGGAGAUUGUGAUCUUGUUAAUGCAGAAAAAACUCGUGAACAGAAAGCUGGGAAAUUACUCGACAUCCUCAUGACUAAAGGAGAGACAGGAUAUUCACACUUUAUCGAUGCCAUCCAACUACUGAACCCCCAUUUGUUCGAGAUAAUAACAGGAGAAAAGGCUACCUCAAGACCAAGCCCACUCAUGAUGGAAAGGGAAAACUUCUUUUUAGGAUCCAAUGGUCGAGCCCCAGACUUGGACAUUAUGAGCAAUCAUUUAAAGCGAACAAUAAGCGAUCUACAAGAUUUGACGAUCCGCUACGACACAAUCCUGAAAGAAAACGAGGUACUGAAGAAGCAUUUAAGCAGAACUUCGUGCGAACUUCAGGAGAAGGAUCGGCUGAUUGAAGACCUCGAAAAGCGAAAAUUUGACACGGAGGCUCUGCUGAUGGAAUCGCACUCCAGCGCCAAGAAAUUGGUGGACGGGGCAGCCCUUCACUGUCAAGUCAAGAACAGAGAAAUGGUGGAGAGGACACAUUUUAUAAUAGCUCUUCAGAUGAAGCUUCUCACCACCAAAGAGGAAGUGGACAACUUAAAAGAGAAACUCGAGGAAACCAUGAUGAAAAAAGACGAGCUGUUGAACCGCUUUACCGAGAUUUCCAAAAAUUAUGAUAACCAGAGACGGGAAUCGAUGAAGUUGACGGAGAAAUUGGAAAUCCAGAAAGACAACAUUCAAAGGGCCGAAGAACUGAAAGUGAAAUUUCGCCAGCUCCAAUUCACCAACCAAAAGCUUAAAUCAGAAAAGGAUGAAAUGCUGAGGGAGUUGGAAGAGCUUAAGUGCUGGACAGAAGCUCUGAAAGCUCGCUACGAUAUCGUGGAAGAAGACAGAAAACAGACUCAAGAAACCCAUGAAAGUACUGUGGCAGAUUACUCAGUCCUCCGAGAUAAGGCUGACGAGCUGGAGCUUAAACUGACAAUAUCCUCUCGUGAUAUAGAAGACCUGAAGAAGCGAUGCAAAGACUUCGAGCAGACCGCGAACACCUAUCGAGAGCAGCGCGACCUGUACGAAAAAGCCUGGAAGGAAACUUCGGCAGAAAGAGAGCAACUGAGGAAGGAAAGGGAUGAAGCCACUGUGCGUUUAACCGAAGUUAUUCAUAAUCGAGACGAAGCCAUAAAGAGACAGAUGGAGCACAGUCGCCAGUUUGAGCUGCAGUUCAAAAGAACUUCAGAAGAUUUUCAAAGUGUCAGGGAGCGCCUCUACGAAACUCAGAUGGAGCUUGAAGAGCUUAGGAAAGUUAAGUUGCAAAGAAACUCGUCGGAUGUUGGCGAAAAUCCCUACGUUGGAAAGGAAAACGGUCUCCAUUUGUGCACUAGCAAGGCCAAGGAGGCCAAACUGGAGGGAAGAGUUGAUGCAGAGGACGAGUCUCCAGGCGACAGCAGUGAAGAUUCCUACGACUGGAGGUCACGACGUAAGACGGCUAACAUUAUUGACAGCGUCAAAAAGCGUGUUGCCAUGAAGAAAUCCAAAGCCACGGAGCAAUGCGCAUGUUCAGAUGGUGGAGAAGAGGAAACCGAUACUUCUACCGUUCAACCUGAGAAGAGUUUGUCGUUGGAUGAGAAAUUGGAAGAGCUGGUUCCAGAAAAGAAGACCCUUUCGCCUGAGGCCCAGAAAUGUCUGAGUCUGGAUCGUAACAGAUCCCUCUUCAAGAGCGCACCAACUUACAACGCUCUGGAGUGUAUGUUUAUCCCAGCUGUCAGCAACAGUGUCUCCAAUUACAGCCCUUUCGACAGCCAUUCUGUGCGUUCUUCGUUUCGUUCCAACGACAGUGGUCUGCCUAAUGGGCUAACGCGUAAUCUUUCCGAUUCCUCAAAAUCAUCUCAAGGUCUGUCUCUCAGCCUUGAGUCAGAUUUGUUCGAGCCGACACCCGGUGACGAUCCUAAAGGCGAGGAGGAUCCGAAUUCAACCGAGAGAGCCCGAGUUCAGACUCAAUCCCACAAGAAUCCAACUCGGCCUAUCUACCACAAAAGCAAUUCCUCUCCUUCGAAGAUCCUGAACUAUGUACAAAGUAAGUUAUCCUCGGGAGAUCGCUCCGCUGGAAGCAGGUCUUCCUCAAGCGAUGAUAACCAAAACGAAGAAGAGACGGAAAAGACAAAUCGUCGUAAAUUCAAGCUGGCUGCAAGAGAUCCCUCAUACAAGAAGAUCCAAAAUUUGCCGGCAUCAAUCGAACUCUCUGUUGAUCUAUUAUCGGACAAUGGCGAUCGCACUGAGAGAGAAAUAGAAGAAGUUAAAGAGGCUCUGUUGUCGCCCACUCUGAGUGAAAAGCCUUUCCGUAAGAGGGCUGGUGCAGUGAGACUAAAAGCUGAGGAUCGCCCUCGAAGUUCUUCUGCCCCAAAUUCUCCAGUCUCGGAAUUCAAGUACCCGCCAGACCUGAAAGUUACAUCGGACUGACUCCCACCAAUAAGGCCGUGAAUCUAGCAGAAAUAGUGUAAGCUGAAAAGAAGGCAUCGAGUUUGUACCAUGUAAGGUAGAGGGGUAGAUAGAACGCGAUGUCUUGUUUUACUAAAAACGUAGUAGAGACGUAAAAGUGAGAGAUGAUAACGGACAGCAUUCACGCGUGUGCGACCGCGCAUGUCUUCGUGCCUAAGAGCAAUGCAACGGCAAAGCUUCCCUAAAAACGACAAUUGUAAACCUAACAAGAGGCACGUUCAAAGUUCUCAGGUGAAAGUGGACUUUAAAAUGACAAGGAAUUUUCUUGUCGAGUGAUUUAAGGAUUUUAUGUGUAAAAUGAAAAAGAAAGUAGGGUAUAGUUCAUGGGGUACAGUUCAAGAGAACACGACUUGAUCACGGAAUACUUUGCAUGAGUCGACGUAGUGCACGUGAUAGGAAUUUGAACCAAUGGCAAAUUUUUUCUGUCUUUGUCGGAAACUGUUUUUGACCUCCGGCUGAUAACGUUAGUGUAAGUUUUGACGGGUUGGGGCGUGUGUUGUGUGUGCAUUUUAUUUACCUGACCCUCAAGCUAAAUAUAACUGUGAUAUCUGCCCGCUGGUUUUUCAAACCCCGUAUGGCUAUAUAGGGCAGCGAGUACACUCUUCGUUUUUCGUAGUAAUUAGUGAAACGAACAAAAAUAUUUUAAAUGCAGCCAGCAAAUACAGUGUUGUUGCUGUUUUUUGGUAAAAAUGAAGAUUGCUCAAUUAAAUUGUUCUCGAAGGUGUGUAAAUUGAUACAGUAGAAAUAUUUUACGAUUUUAAAUUUUAGCAAGCAAAUGACGCUUGAAAGUCAUUUCGGUACAGAAUAUUUUAGAUAAGGAGCUAUAACAUAGAGAACUAUAAGGAGAAGUAAUUUGUAGGAUAUAUUAUUUUCCUUGAAGUACAUUACACUUUGUAAAUCACAAGUAAAUUAUAGACAAAUUUUAAAUAAAACGAUAGUUAUUUUAUC